AUGGUGCUCAAAUAUAACUAUUUUUUUUAUGCAAAUGUUUGUCACGUUUGUAAAAGAUUUGGGAAAGGAAUCUCUUUGAAAAGAUGUGGUAAUUGUACUAUGAUUUCUUACUGUUGUAAAGAACAUCAAAAAAUACAUUGGUCACAGCAUAAAGAUUUAUGUAAAGCAAUAUACAGUGUUUUAAAGGAUAGCAAAAUAGACUUUUUAAAUAUUAAACAAGAUAUUAAUACAGAAACCUGGGUACAAAUGAAAAUGAAUUUUAUGUUACUAGUAGCAAUAAAAAUUGGUAGAAAAUUAGAACAUUAUGAAGAACAAAUGUUCAAAUUUCUUAGAUCAUGCAUUGUAUGUCAUGAUCAAAAUAUAAAAGUUCUUGAAGAUUGUCCUAAUUGUCCAAAUAACAGUUUUUGUGUGAAGCACAAAGAUGACACAAUACAUGACAAAGUUUGUAAUCUUAUGAAGUUGUGCUUUAAUUUAGAUGUAAUUUUAAUAACAUACAAAAGAAAAAUACCAAAAAUUGAAGUACCAUACAAUACAAAUCAUACAAAUUUACCACAAAGCAUGAAAGAUUUUAUAGAUUGUUAUAUUAAGCCACAAAGAAAUUCACAGGUAUCAAAGAUAGAAGAAACAAUAAUUGAUACAGAAUAUUUAACACGACCUUUAACAUUUCUUUAUGCAUUACAAAAAUUAAAAUAUAUUUUAAAAAGUAAUAGUAUCAUUAUACAUAUUACUGCAGCCAAUGUGAUAGAUACUGAGGGUAUAGAAAUUUGGGAAAUUUUAUUACAUUGGUUACCAAAUAUAACAAUAAUAAAAAUUUGUCUGAUAGGACCUGAAUUAUCUAUAGGUUCUAUGUUAAUGAAUUUAUGUAAAAAUUGUCAGUAUAACAAUAAACAAUUUUCAAUUCAAGUAUAUGAUAUGCUUUAUGAGAAUUAUGCAAAGAGUGAUUUUUAUACAAAACCAAAUUUUAUUAUUGGAUAUAAUGCAGGAAUACAUGAAUGUGAAGAUUUUAAAUCUGUAAAUUAUACAUGGAGACAAUCUUUGAAAAUAAUAGCUAAACAAAACUGCCCAUUGAUCUUAACAUCUUAUACUUUAUCUGAAGCAAAAAAAGAACAAAUCAGACUUAAUGAAAUUUUAAAUAACUGUAUAAAAUGUUCAUAUUUUGAACAAAAUCCAUUUUCCAGUUUAAGACCAUACAGAGAUUUUGAGACUGAAGGAAUAUAUUACCAAAAUCAAUAUAUAAUCAUGUAUAAGAAUUUAAAUACACUGUAA